AUGAUUUACCGAUAAGAGUUAUGAAUUUAACGAAUGGUUAUAUUUCAUUGAAGAAGGGGACAGAAAUAGCAACGUGUGAACCUGUUGCGUGUGUCAGAAAUUUGGAACAUCAACCUUCCAAAGAAGAAGAUUCGGCAACAAUCCAUAAAGACAACGGAGGUGAUGGGGAACUUCCCGAACAUCUUGUGGAUUUGUACCGUCGAAGCAAGACUUUUAUUGGAGAACGACACAAAACUCAAUUGAUUGAAUUGCUUAAAGAAUUUCAGGAUAUGUUUUCAAGUGGACCAAAUGAUUUAGGCAGCACAAGCAUAACAACGCAUAAGAUUGAUGUUGGAGAAGCAGUUCCAGUCAAACAACGACCAAGGGACUUCCAAUAAAGCAGAGGGAGGAAGCAAACAAGUUAAUUGAAGAAAUGCGAAGCCAAGGCGUGAUAGAGCUUUCACAAAGUCCCUGGACCUCUCCUAUAGUUCUAGUUAAGAAGAAAGAUGGGAAUAAAAGAUUCUGCGUGGAUUAUAGAAGGUUAAAUAAGGUAACCAAACGUGAUUCAUAUCUCCUCCCGCGUGUAGACACAACUCUUGAUGCUAUCAAUGGUUCGAGCUGGUUCUCAACAUUAGACUUGAAGAGUGGAUAUUGGCAGGUGAGAAUGGAGGAGAGCGACAAAGAGAAGACCGCGUUCACAGCUGGUGAAGGUUUAUUGUCAUGCCUUUUGGCCUUUCGAAUGCCCCGGCAACGUUUGAGCGACUUAUGGAGCGUGUACUUCAAGAAUUGCCGUGGACGGUGUGCCUAACAUAUUUGGAUGAUGUCAUCGUGCAUGCAAGAACAUUAGCUAAUCAAUUUUCAAAUCUUCGAACUGUUUUUCAAAGGUUACGAGAAGCAGGAUUAAAGUUGAAUCCGAGAAAGUGUCAUCUUUUCCAGAGAACCGUCCGUUAUCGUGGACAUAUCGUGAGUGGUUCGGGUAUCGCAGUUGACCCAGGAAAAACUGAUGCGGUCUCUAAGUGGCCAGAACCAAAGAAUAAGACUGAAGUUAGAAGUUUUCUCGGAUUAUGUACGUAUUAUCGAAGAUUCGUUCCUCAUUUCACAGACGUUGCCCGACCUCUACAUCGACUAACCGAAGAGAAUUGUGAAUUUGCGUGGACGGAGGAAUGUCAGAGAUCGUUCGAGAAAUUGAAACAAUUGUUAACGUCAACUCCGAUUUUGGCUUAUCCUAAUUUAGAAGGCGAGUUCUGUCUGUUCAACUAUUAUCUUUAUGGGCAGAAAUUCUGAGUGCGAACAGAUCAUUUUGCAUUGCAGUGGUUGAUGAAUUUUAAGGAACCGCAAGGCCAAGUGGCUCGAUGGAUAGAGAAACUCCAAGCUUAUGAUUUUAUCGUUGAACAUCGAUCUGGGUCUGCCCACAGGAAUGCUGAUGCUUUGUCCAGACGUCCCUGCUUUGAGGAAGACUGCAAGCAAUGUGUACGUUAUGAAGAGAGAUUUCAGCUAAAAACAGUUGGCAGGGUGACCAGGCCUGUUAUCAAAGAAACUGAAAUAAAUCGGGGAUCAGUAGAGAAAGAUAGCGAAACACUUCCGGUUGACGUGGAUAAGUGGAAGGAGAAACAAGAUGAAGAUGGUAACAUGAAGUCGUUAAUCGAGGCGUUGAAAGAUGGGAAAAAAGGCCGGAGUGGGCAGUUGUUGCGCCUUUCGAGGGAAGAAACGAAGACACUGUGGGCACAAUGGGACAGUCUUCGUUUGGUCGAUGGAAUUAUGCAUCGGGUUUGGGAACAUCCAAGCUCCAGUGACGAAACCUUACAAAUUGUGGUACCCAAAACUCUACGAAAACAGAUAUUUGACUUGCUGUAUGAUUCGAAAACGGGAGGACAUUUUGGCAUCAAUAAAACAAUCGGAAAGAUAAAAGGAAAAUUUUAUUGGCCGAAGUUACGAGAUGAUGUUAAAAAGUGGUGCGCUCAGUGUGAUUUAUGUUCUGCAAGAAAAGGUCCGACGUCGAGGAAGAUAAAGGCGCCAUUAGCUUCCUACGUGGCGGGAUCGCCAAUGGAACGAGUGGCUGUAGACGUCUUGGGACCGUUACCAGUUUCGGAGAAUGGCAACAAGUAUAUUCUUAUCGCUAUGGAUUACUUUACAAAAUGGCCGGAAGUAUAUGCACUUCCCAACCAGGAGGCAGAAACAGUAGCGAAAGUAUUGGUAAAUGAAUUCGUUUCUCGUUUUGGGACGCCUGUUGAACUACACUCAGACCAGGGGAGGAACUUUGAGUCUCGGGUAUUUUCUGAAAUGUGUAAAUUGCUUGGAAUAAAGAAAACUAGAACUGCACCUCUACACCCCCAGUCCGACGGAAUGGUGGAACGAUUUAAUCGAACUAUAGAACAUCAGUUGGCAAUUUUUGCAAACGAGAACCAGAAAGAUUGGGAUGUACAUAUACCUCUAUUGCUGAUGGCUUAUCGGACAGCAACCCACGAGUCAACGGGACUCACACCAGCAAAGGUGAUGAUGGGACGAGAAUUAAGGGUCCCUUUGGAUUUGCUGAUGAGGAUUCCUUCUAAGAAGAAUUACGUGAAAACGUUGUCUUACGUGGAAAAGUUGGAAGAGGGUAUGGAUAUUGCACAUAAUUUUGCACGGAAACGGUUGAGGAUCACGACAGAUCGGAUGAAAACAAGGUACAAUAUUAAUGCGACGGCGGUAACACUGAGUGUUGGAACCCCUGUAUGGCUGUACAGACCACAGCGAAAAAAAGGAUUAUCUCCUAAACUAUCCAAGCCUUGGGUCGGUCCGUAUGUUAUUCUGAAACGAAUUAACGAUUUGGUAUAUAGGAUUCAACUUUCGAGUCGCAGUAAACCAAUGGUGGUGCAUCGUAACCAUCUAAGAGAGUACGUUGGUGAGAAUGUGUCCCAAGUUUUGUCAAGAGAAGAGGGAGUCGAAGUCAGGCAUGAAAAGGAACAGACGACGCUGAGAAGAAGUACCAGAGAACGAAGAACACCAGUACGGUUGGAAAUUUAGGGAACAGGGAGUUUGGAACAGUAACUUUCUUCAAGAUGAACGUAACUAUAUGACUGUGUGUGUGAGAGUAAAGUCCACCCGGGACGGGUUGGGACUUAAGAGGGGGAGUGUGUUAUAUGUGUGUAAUUAUAUUGUGUUAUAUGUGUACUCAGGGCCGGAGCUACGGGGUG